AUGAGUUUGUUCCGCAACCAGUUCGAGUUUCCAAUCAUACUGGUGAAAAAUCUGCCCUACGAUGUGAAGCCCGCGGAGCUGUACGAGAUUUUCGGCAAGUUCGGCAACAUCCACGAGAUUCGGCUCGGCGCAGACAAGGAGCUCAAGGGACAGGCUCUCGUGGUGUACACCAACUACAGGAGCUGCCAGACAGCACUAGACAAGAUGAAGGGCUUCAACCUCAACGGCAGAUACAUCAUAUGUUCGCUGUACCAGGUGGAAAAAUCCACCGCGAUGGAGUUGCGCGACAAGAUGAAGGAAAACAAUAAGACGGGCCAGUGA